AUGGAGAAAGAAGGAGAUCCUUCUGGAGGGUGGCGUUUUGCCCAAUGUUUCGGUGACAAGGGUGAAGUCGAGGAAAUCACUGAGGCCGACAUCAUCUCAACGGUUGAAUUCGAUCAUACCGGCGACUACCUCGCUACAGGUGACAAAGGUGGUCGUGUUGUCCUCUUCGAGCGCAAUGACUCUAAGAAGGGCUGCGAGUACAAGUUUCAUACCGAGUUCCAGUCGCACGAGCCCGAGUUCGACUACCUAAAGUCACUCGAAAUCGAGGAAAAGAUCAACAAGAUCAAGUGGUGCAGAAGACAGAAUGCAGCUCACUUCCUGCUCAGUACAAACGACAAGACGAUCAAGCUCUGGAAAGUGUUUGAAAAGACACUCAAGCUGGUAGCCGAAAACAACCACAACGACAUGGGCUACGGACAGACACGUGAUCCAGACGUGCACCCAUCCUUGCUCCCAGUGCCGACACCUGUGCCUGGAAGUGGUGCUGGACUCCGUCUGCCGCGCCUCACACCGGUCGACACCAUUAUCGCCGCCGUACCACGUAAGAUCUAUGCAAACGCGCAUGCCUAUCACAUUAACUCGAUCUCGGUCAACUCGGAUGGCGAGACGUACAUCAGCGCAGACGACCUUCGUAUCAACCUCUGGAACCUCAACAUCAGCGACCAGAGCUUCAACAUCGUCGACAUCAAGCCCGUCAAUAUGGAAGAGCUCACUGAAGUCAUCACCGCUGCCGAGUUCCAUCCGAUUCAUUGUAACCAGUUUGUUUACUCAAGCUCAAAGGGUACGAUCAAGCUGGCUGAUAUGCGAGACUCUGCGCUGUGCGAUGCACACGCCAAGCAGUUCGAGGAGGAAGAAGAUCCUUCCACCAAAUCCUUCUUCAGCGAGAUCAUCAGCAGCAUAUCCGACGUCAAGUUCUCGCGAGAUGGUCGAUACAUUCUAUCGCGAGACUAUCUCACACUGAAGAUCUGGGACGUCAACAUGGAGAACAAGCCAGUCAAGACGAUCCCGAUUCACGACCACCUUCGCUCCAAGCUUUGCGACCUUUACGAGAACGACUGCAUCUUUGAUAAAUUCGAAGCGCUCUGGGGUCCCGAUGGCAAGAAAGUGCUGACGGGAAGCUACAACAACUACUUUCACAUUUUCGACAAGGACGACAGUUCGGAUGUGGUGCUUCAGGCGGAUAAGUCGGCAUUCAAGGCCAAGAGGAUGGCAGGCGCAGGCAAGAAGGGCAACAAGGGCGGCAAUAGCACAUUGGGCGCUCCGGGGCAGAUCAACUUGGACAAUCCAGAUUUCAACAAGAAGAUCCUUCACGCCAGCUACCAUCCAAGAGAGAACACCAUCGCCAUCGCAGCGACCAACAAUCUGUUUAUCUUCUCGGCGAACAACCCGGCAGGCAUUCCGAUGGCGUGA